AUGUCUCUGGGACUAGUGGGAAGUAUUUUAUCUAUAUUAAUAGUACCAUGGAACCUUUUUCUAGGGUGUAUAGUGUUUUUGGCAGCCAUUAACCAACAAUUAGGAGUAAGAAGACUCUACAUCAAGCUCCUCUUGUAUAUUUUUGAGUAUGGAAGGUCAAAUAUUGAACAAGCAAACAGAAAAAGACUCCAAAGGGUUGCCGAAAUCGAAUCAGAAGAUGAAGGGUUUGGUGAAGGACUCCCCAACAAAAAUGAAUCGAUUAUAGAUCGAUCUGGAGACUCAAUUUUAAUACCAGAAUUGACAACAGCUACUAAUAAAAAGUCUCAGGAAAACAAAAUAAGCUUUGACAAGAAACACUGGCUCAAAUCGCUGGAUUAUGCUAAAAGCGCUAUGGAAGCUAUAAUUGAAGACCAAGUGACUUCUAGAUUUGAAGCAGAAGAAUUGAAAAAUUGGAAUUUCCUUACUAGAACCAAUCAGACUUAUGAGUUUAUUUCAUGGAAGUUGACUUUUCUAUGGAUUCUUGGUUGCUUGAUUAGAUAUUGCUUCUUGCUUCCUUUGAGGCUUUAUAUAUUCACUUGGGGAUUUAUUUAUAUUGGUAUUAGUACUACAUUAGUGAGUAAAUUGCCUGAAUCUUCCUUUAAAAGAUGGUUAAAUCAUCGUUGCUAUCUGACUGCAUCCAGAAUCCUUAGCAGAUCCUUAUCAGCAGUAAUCAAUGUGCACAAUAAACAAUUCAGGCCUCAAAAGGGCUCUAUUUGCGUUGCAAAUCACACCAGCCCCAUUGACUGUAUAAUAUUAUCAAACGAUAAUUGUUAUUCAUUGAUUGGACAAAGUCAAGGUGGUUUACUAGGUUUAAUUCAAAGGGCAUUGAAUAGAGCCUCUCCUCAUGUCUGGUUUGAACGUUCAGAAGCCAAAGACCGCAGUUUGGUCUUACAAAGACUCAAAGAGCACACUUCAGCCACCAAUCCUCAAAACCCCCCAAUGUUGAUAUUUCCUGAAGGCACCUGCAUCAAUAAUACAUCAGUGAUGCAAUUUAAAAAAGGCAGCUUCGAAGUUGGUUGUCCCAUUUAUCCAGUUGCAAUCAAAUAUGAUCCCAGAUUUGGAGAUGCUUUUUGGAACAGCAGCAAAUACUCAAUGGUGCAAUAUCUUUACAUGAUGAUGACCAGUUGGGCCAUAGUUUGUGACGUUUGGUAUUUGCCCCCAGUGGAACAGAAACUAGACGAAAAUUCAGUUGAUUAUGCCAAUAGAGUCAAGCAUUUGAUUGCGCAGCAAGGUGGAUUGGUGGAUUUAGUUUGGGAUGGCCAAUUGAAACGUACAAAACCCAAAAAGGAAUGGAUGGAAAAGCAGCAAGAGAAAUUGAGUCAAGUUUGGAAGGCCAAAGAUUGUUAG